AUGGAGAAAAUGUGGUGCAAGGCAAAGAUCAAUGCAAAAUUAAGUGAAGAUGGAAGAUUUAAAUUGUCUAGUAUCGUGCUUGAACACACUCAUGUAGUAAGCCCAAGCAAGGCAAAAUAUUUUAGAUGCCAUAAGAAGUUAAAUGCCCGUGUGAAAAGAAAGCCUGAACAACUAAAUGAAGCUGGAGUUCGUAUGAGUAAAAAUUACAAAGCUCCUGCUAUUGAAGUGGUUGGGUAUGAGAACCUUCCAUUUGGAGAGAAAGAUUGUCGAAAUUACAUUAACAAAGUAAUGAAUGAGUUGCUUGGAGAAGGAGAUGCCGAAGCAUUGCGUAACUAUUUAAUGAAAAUGCAACAAAAAAAUGACCGCUUCUUCUAUGUCAUAGACCUUGAUAAAGAAAGCCAUUUGAAACAUGUGUUUUGUGCAGAUGCACGAAGUAGGGUAGCAUAUGAAUCUUUUGGAGAUGUCAUAACAUUUGAUACUACAUACUUGACUAAUAAAUACAAGAUGCCAUUUGCGCCUUUUGUUGGAGUGAAUCACCAUGGUCAAUCCAUACUUUUUGGGUGUGGGUUACUAUCAAAUGAGAAUAUUGAUACUUUUGUGUGGUUGUUCGAAACAUGGUUAAAAUGCAUGUCAGACCAAGCUCCUAAUGCAAUUAUAACUAAUCAAGAUAGAGCUAUGUAA